AUGAUGAAGAAAAUGGAUGCAAAGAUUGAUAAGGUUGCUCAGUCUAACCAAGCAUCCAUUUAUAAUUUAGAGGUGCAAGUAGGUCAAUUGGCUAAAUUGGUUGCAGAAAAAGAUCGAGGUAAGUUUCCUAGUACCACUGAAAUAAACCCUAGAGAAGGAGCUAUGGUUGUCACCUUGAGAAAUGGUAAGAUGUUGAAUGAAACUUUGAAAGAAAAAGAACCCAUGAGUGUUGAAAAAGAGAGUGAUAAAGAAGAAGAGCAAGUGUCUAAAGAGAAUUCUAGUGAUCAAAACCUCACUUCCUUUAAAAUUAAUAUUCCUUUUGCAGAAGCACUUGCUAAUAUGCCAUCUUAUGCCAAGUACAUUAAGGAAAUUGUAUCUAAUAAAAAGAAACUAGAAGAGUUUACUACUGUGCAUCUAAAUGAGGAGUGUAGUGCUAUUCUACAAAGCAAAUUACCUCCUAAGUUAAUGGAUCCAGGAAGUUUUUCUAUUCCUUGCACUAUUGGUAAUACUGUUGUUGAUAAAUGUUUAUGUGAUCUAGGUGCCAGUAUUAACCUUAUGCCUUUAACUCUUUUUAAGAAGUUGGAAAUAGCUGAAAUGAAGCCAACAACAAUCUCUCUUCAACUUGCUGAUAGAUCAAUCAAGUACCCGCUUGGAGUAAUGUAG